AUGGGGGCCUAUUUAGAAACUGUUUUACAGCCUCAGCUUCGGAUACACAGAGCAGGAGAGCUCGAGGAGAAGCUGUCUCGUUCAAAAGAGGAGAACGAGAGACUCCAGAAACGACUGGACGCUGUUUUACAGCCUCAGCUUCGGAUACACAGAGCAGACGUCCAGCAGCUGGUGGUGGUUAAAGAAGAGCUUCUCCCUAACCAGCAGGAGUGGAGCACCCCCCCACACAUUAAGCAGCAACAGGAGGAACUCAGGAUCAGUCAGGAGGGAGAGCAGCUUCAGGACCAGGAGGAGGCUGAGAUCACCAAGUCCACUUUCACUCCUGACCCUGUGAAGAGUAAAGAUGAUAAAAAGAAACCUCAGUCCCCACAGCCUCAUCAAAGACGAACUGAACACAUGGAAACAGAAGCUGAUGGAGAUGACUGCCGAGGACCAGAACCAGCCAGGAACUCAGAUCCAGAGAGCAGUUUACAACCAAAGACUGGAGACUCUUCUGAAACUGACGCUGAAGACUCUUCUGAACCUGACACUGAACACUCUUCUGAACCUGACAGUGAACACAGUGAUUGGGAAGAGACCAGAAAACCUGCGUCGGGCUCAAACUCACAGAAAAAUAGAUGGAAAUCUGUCAGUGAUUCAAGCCGUAGUGCUGAAAAGAAACGAUUCAGCUGCUCAGUCUGUACCAAAUCUUUUGCAUUGAGUAGAAGUUUAAAUAAACACAUUAGAGUCCACACAGGAAUAAAACCAUUCAGCUGCUCAGUCUGUAAGAAACCAUUUGAAGUGAGAAGAGAUUUAAAUCGACACAUGAGAAUCCACACAGGAGAGAAACCCUUUGGCUGCUCAGUUUGUACCAAAUCUUUUGCAUUGAUUAUAAGUUUAAAGGAACACAUGGCAAUCCACACAGGAGAGAAACCACACAGCUGCUCAGUCUGUAAGAAAGCUUUUGCAGUGAAAAGAGAUUUAAAUCGACACCUGAGAACCCACACAGGAGAGAAACCCUUUAGCUGCUCAGCUUGUAGCAAAUCUUUUUCACAGAGUGGAAGUUUAAAGGCACACAUCAGAGUCCACACAGAUGUCCAGCAGCUGGUGGUGGUUAAAGAAGAGGUUAUCCCUGACCAGCAGGAGUGGAUCACCAGUCUGGACCAGGAGGACCCAGAGCCCCCCCCACACAUUAAGCAGGAACAGGAGGAACUCAGGAUCUUUCAGGAGGGAGAGCAGCUUCUGGAGCUGGAGGAGGCUGAUAUCACCAAGUCCACUUUCACUCCUGACCCUGUGAAGAGUGAAGAUGAUAAAGAGAAACCUCGGUCCUCACAGCCUCUUCAAAGACAAACUGAACACAUGGAAACAGAAGCUGAUGGAGAUGACUGUCGAGGACCAGAACCAGCCAGGAACUCGGAUCCA